CGUCGGUCGCAAGGCUGUGGUGGGUUCGCAGCCCCAGCCCGGCCCGAUGUGGGAACCUGCGGGAGCCGAGGCGUGCGCGGCGGCGCUCGGUGGCGCGCUCUUCCUGCUGCUCUUCGCGCUGGGGGUCCGCCAGCAGCUGAAGCAGAGGCGGCCGAUGGGCUUUCCCCCGGGGCCGCCGGGGCUGCCAUUUAUCGGCAACAUCUACUCUCUGGCCGCCUCAGCCGAGCUUCCCCAUGUCUACAUGAGAAAGCAGAGCCAGGUGUACGGCGAGAUCUUCAGUUUAGAUCUUGGAGGCAUAUCAGCUGUGGUUCUAAAUGGCUAUGAUGUGGUAAAGGAAUGCCUUGUUCAUCAAAGUGAAAUUUUUGCAGACAGACCAUGUCUUCCUUUAUUCAUGAAGAUGACAAAAAUGGGAGGCUUACUCAAUUCCAGAUAUGGCCGAGGAUGGGUCGAUCACAGAAGAUUAGUCGUAAAUAGCUUUCGCUAUUUUGGAUAUGGACAAAAGUCUUUUGAAUCUAAAAUCUUAGAAGAAACCAAUUUUUUCAUUGAUGCUAUUGAAACAUACAAAGGUAGACCUUUUGACUUUAAACAAUUAAUAACAAAUGCUGUUUCAAACAUAACCAAUCUGAUAAUUUUUGGACAACGAUUCACUUAUGAAGACACUGAUUUUCAGCACAUGAUCAAGUUAUUUAGUGAAAAUGUGGAAUUAGCUGCUAGUGCCUCCGUCUUCCUGUAUAAUGCCUUUCCAUGGAUUGGCAUCUUACCUUUUGGAAAACAUCAACAGCUGUUUAGGAAUGCAGCUGUAGUCUAUGAUUUUCUCUCUAGACUUAUUGAGAAAGCUUCAGUCAACAGAAAGCCUCAGUUACCUCAGCAUUUUGUUGAUGCUUAUUUAGAUGAGAUGGAUCAAGGUAAAAAUAACCCAUCAUCUACUUUCUCCAAAGAAAACCUGAUUUUCUCAGUGGGUGAGCUCAUCAUUGCUGGAACUGAAACAACAACUAAUGUGCUACGGUGGGCAAUUCUUUUCAUGGCCCUUUAUCCUGACAUUCAAGGACAAGUUCAGAAAGAGAUUGAUUUAAUUAUAAGCUCCAGUGGGAAGCCUUCUUGGAACGACAAAUGCAAAAUGCCUUAUACUGAGGCAGUGUUGCAUGAAGUUUUAAGAUUCUGUAAUAUAGUUCCAUUAGGGAUAUUCCAUGCAACCUCUGAAGAUGCAGUUGUACGUGGUUAUUCCAUUCCUAAAGGCACAACAGUAAUUACAAAUCUUUAUUCUGUGCAUUUCGAUGAAAAGUACUGGAAAGACCCAGAAGUGUUCUAUCCUGAGCGAUUUCUGGACGGCAAUGGAUAUUUUACCAAGAAGGAAGCUUUGGUUCCUUUUUCCCUAGGGAGAAGACACUGUCUUGGAGAACAGCUGGCUCGGAUGGAAAUGUUCUUGUUUUUUACAGCAUUGCUUCAACGAUUUCAUUUGCAUUUUCCACAUGAACUAGUUCCAAAUCUAAAGCCUAGGUUAGGCAUGACAUUGCAGCCCCAACCCUACCUUAUCUGUGCUGAAAGACGCUGAAAGUACGCUGACAUUUGGGAGAACAAGAAUGUACGUUUACCUGACCCCUGAGCCUUGUUUAAUUAGUGUGUGUGUUUGGAUAAAAGUCACAGCAUCGUAAAGCGAAAUGAA